GUCUAUACUUGUAGGUGUCUGGUCUGUCGCCUUGUGGUUGUAUACAGUGUGGACGAUGCGAUGCCUGCCUGCUUGGUCUGCAUGGCAUGCAUACGGAUGCAUCAAGGGACAGACAGACAGACCGACCGACCGACCGAUUGCCUCAACAAAAGCAGCCCGCUGGUGUCUGUCGUGUCUCUGCUUCGGUUCAAGUGUCCCAUGCGAUGCGUCAUGUCACAGCAGGCAGAUGACGUAACGGGCAAUGCAUGAUUCACCAAAUCGCUUUUAUGCACCAUUACGUAAGCAACCCCAAUUAGACGAGAUGAGACGAGACUCACACACACACACACACACAUACACAUAUAUAUAUAUCAUGUUGGUGGCCGUACGGUAGGUACAGGGGCUGGGCUGGGCUGGGUUACCCACCCACCCACAGGCAUACGGCAGAAUGCUGGGUGGCACAGCACACGGCUACUCCUACAGAACUUACUUGCGAGACCAGAAAACUGACUGACUGACUGACAGACACCGAUAUGUAAUGAAUGCCAUGCCCCACCCCACCCGACCCGAUACAUAGACACGCCACGCCCACACAUGUCAGUCAUGCACACAGAUAUAAAUAUCAUACGCACGUACACACACACAGAGAGAGAUGAACCUACAAAGGACGCGUACACACGUAAAAUCACGCACACGCCGUGUAAGCACGCCCUCACUCGCUCACAGCACCGUCAUGGACUUCCACGACUGCCCGUGCAGGCCACUCACCCACACGCCUCGGCCCCCGUCAUCAGCACGGUGCGAAUGUGUCUCUCCAUUGCUGCUGGUGCCGACCACCGAUCUGCCCGGAAGAAGGUAGAGUGAGCCGAUCUCGUGACGCCACGCCCGGCUGAGGUCGGGGUAGUCACCGACACAGAAGAUCUCCCCCGCGUCUUUGUCGUGUGCGAACGCGUAGACACACUUGUCGAUGCCGAGCACUCGCGCCUCGUUCAUUCGGUUGGCGAAGCGCAGAACAGCUUUGUCUUUGACCUCGUAUCGGUCCACAAAGACGCCAUUCCAUGGCCUUCCUGUGGCGGGAGUGGACGCGUUGAGGGCCAUGUGCAUCAUGUGAUCGUAGUCGUUGAGAAGCUGGGCCACGUAAGACACCCCCAGAAAUGAGAACUGCCCGAAGUGAGCCACAUUGAGAAACACGUCCUCUUCUGUCCGGCCGUCCAGCGCCGUGGCGACCUGGGCUCUCUGCCGAUCCCGCCGCUCCUGCACAGUGGGCAUGACGAACACACCACCACCGUCACCCUCCUCAGAAUACGUCCAGAUCUCCCCAUGGUUGCUGAAGGGCAAGUCGUUCCGGCUCGCCAGCGUCUCGUCGAACCCCGAAUCUUCCGUCCAUAUGACGACAGCAUGGCGGCCACUGCCGAGGACUUCUCGCACAGUGGUAGACCUGUCGAUGGCUGAUGGGUAGAUGAUGUUUGCAAGGGGGCUGGCCAUGAGGGCGGUCGCCACCAGGUCGGUGUCGCUGGCACGCUCCACGUUGGACAGACGGAUGAGCAGCAGGUCGCAGGGAUGGGCAUCUAGCCAUUCGGCGAUUGACGCGAAUGUGUGGGCGGCUGUGCGGGUGCUGCGGCCGCUCUCGUGGCAUGAAACGGCCUCCGUCGUACCGAAACUGCACACAUACACACGGACACAGAGAAUCGAUGCAGGUGUCACAAGGGGUGUGUGUGUGUGUGUGUGUGUACCUGCAGAAGUCCAGGUCGAGGGCGCGGAUGCCAUCGUCCAGCUGUGUGAUAAGGGACCUGUUCUGGCUCUCGUGGAAGCUCUCACAGCCACAGGUAAAGGCCAGGCACUCACAGCCACUCAAAUCAUACGACUCGCUGUUGUGCGUGCCUGCAAAACACAUAUGUGUGUGUCUCCGCACCCCUGAUGUCUCCCCCUCUCUCUGUCCUGUAGUACUGACCUGGAUAAGUCACGUCCAACACAGGGAGGUCGCACAAACCCCCCACACCGUUGCACGCGCGGCACUCCGACUCCUCUGCUAUCGACAUGGCACUGAGCGGCUCAUCGAAGGCACCUGGCGCGUCGUCGCCUAUCGGAGGGGCUUGCUCGGUCACUGAGAGAGAGAGAGAGAGACGGGGGGGGGGGAGAAAGAGAGAGAGAGAGUCAGUCCCGGUGAUCGCCGGCAGGCCUGUGUCGCCACUGUGUGUACCUUUCCGCAUGAAUGCGAUGGUGCCGUUGGCGGGAGCUAUCAUGCCGGGCUGCCAGUCAUCUGGACUCCCUGCCAUCGACAGGGCGCAUUGGCCCUUGACGAAGCCGCCGUCCUCUUGGCCGAUCUCGUCCUCGGCGGUGAAGUCCACACACCGACAUGCCAGCUGCUCCACACACCUGCACAGCCACACGACAGAUGCCACAAUCAUUACCGCCGCCACUGACGUGACGUGACAUUCACCUGCCCCUCUCACUCACUUCAAGGCACACGUGUGAAGGCUCAUGGUGCCCACAUGCUCCCGCGUAGCGCCUUUGACGACACACACGCCGGAUCUCCCCUCCUCGUAUGAGCCCUGUAGCCCUGCCUCCAUGCGCACCAAGGGAGCAGGAGCGGGUCUCGCGGCCGCCAUAAUGGUGGCCCUCUCCUCUCUCUCUGCCUGCUCCCUCUUCGCUGCCUCCGCCGUGCCAACUCGGAUAUAAGCCCUGUAGCCUCUCACAGACGGGCUCUUGACGGCAUUGCUGUUCUUGGCGCCCAGACGGCAUGACGGCUCGCCCAUGCUGCCAUCCUUGUGGAAGUCGAAGCAUUCGCAGCCCUCCUGGUCGAUGCACGCCGAGGCGCACUCGGCGAGCGUCUCUGUGCUGUGCUUGUGGGCGUGGGAGGCGCAAUAGGAAGACGUGAUGGUCAGCUUCUUGAGCCAGCUGUUCUGCACUCGAUAGGCGUCGAAGUACAGCAGAGGGGACACUCUGGCCGCAGACAAGCUGGUGCUGGCGGCAGUGGUGGUGGCCGGCGUGGCAUUUGGACGCAGCACUGACACAAGACAGACCAGCAUCAAGUCACCACUGUGUGCCCUUCUCUCUCCCUCCCUCCCUCCUACCUCGUUUGUCGUCAUCUGUUUCGAGAAACCCCUGGUCGGCAGAGUCCCGCACCAUGGCCAUCACGCCAACGAAGGCCCCGUCCCCAUUGCCGCCAGAUGACGCAUCAUUGCCAUCAGCCGCAACCGAGAAGAAGUUGGUGGUCGCCCCGGCAUCAGAUGCUUUGCUGAGCCGGACGAUUCUCUUCUCGCCGGGUGCGCCAAGCUGGCAGGUGGGCGGCUGCUCUGCCGCCACUGUCAGGUCGAAGCACAGACAGUCACUCAGAGAUGCACACCUGCACCGACCAACACACACACACACAAACCACAUAGCCCAUAACCACACACGGCCAGAUGUUCAAACGGGAGGCGGUGUGACGGUUUGCGUGUUGUGGUUGCUCACGCUUGAGCACAGCUCUCGACGGUGACAUUGGCGAUGUGCCGGUCAUCUCCAUCGCUGGCCCUGUGGCUGGCACACUCGACGCCGUCGAACAUGUGGUUGUAUUUCCUGACGGCGCUGUGGCUCGGCAGGCCAGACAGCGCAGCCACUGGCGAACUCCCAGGCUUGGUAGCAGAGGUGGCAGAGGCCAGGCAGCAUCGCGACAGUGCCAGCGCGCACAGCAGCAGGGAGGGCAACAGAGAUGCCAUGGGAGUGUUGCUGAGCCGCCUCCUCUGGGGUCUUGGUUAUUGCGGGGAUCCCCCCUUUCUUCCGGAGACCUUUCUU